UGUAACGGGGGUGUUGGUGUGUGCCUUGGGAGAGGGAGCGCAGGUGGGUGCCAUGGGUGCGUAUUUAGGCAGCGUGUAGGUGCAGAGGGUUUCCACAUUCAGGCUUUUUGUUACCCAAAGCGGCACUAACGAGGGCUUAAAAUUGUAUUUUGUCAGUAGUAUGACCAGAAAUCCUUUAAACAGUACAAAAAUACGUAGUUUUGCUUUGCUUCACUUUACCAGCCCCUAACCAUCUUCUUGAGGGUGCUUCAGCACUGACUACGCUGAGCUUAAAUCAAAAGUUGAGACGAGACCUGGGAGGGGUGUUAGCGUGGCCUGACACUGCUGCAAGUGAAUCUUGCAAAGUGAGAUUUCUGACCUCUUCUAAGAGAAAACUAGAAAUUGCCCUGAAAACAGCCUUUCCCAUACAGCUGUCUAAAUAAUUCCCUUUGUAUAUCUAUCUGCUCAGCCUGGCUUUUUUUUUAUUAUCAUAAAGCAGUUGGUUUCAUCUGACCCAUCAAGAAGUCUUAAUUCAGUGUGAGGAAUAAUUAAAGAGAAAAAAAAACUUUAAAAUCUUCAUCCAGUGUGAAGAAGGGGCAAAGCACCCCUCCCAUCAAAUCAGUCUUAUCUGGUGGACACUUCUGGCUGCAAUCUAUUCCUGUCCAGAGAGGAUGUUAGGGGAGCAACCUGUGGUGGAUUUGCAGGAGCUUUGAGGAGCUAAACAAGCAGCGGGAGAAGAUAAUUUUCCCCCUGUCCUUCAUUCCUGUUGGUUUAGCAGUCAGGCUGUACUUGCUUUCUGUUCUUGCCUUCUGUUUUUCCACGUUGAAUGGUCAGUUUUAGGAACGCAUGCAACUAUCCAUAAGUUGCAUUUAAAACAAGCAAUGAUGCCACAGUCCUCAGCUUACUGCGCCAAGCUUUUGUAGUCUUUGUCAGUCCCCGUACUCCAUUCUUGUAGCACAAAUGAAGCCUCUCCCUUGGUGCUAAGGAUGUGCAAAGCCACAGGUCCUGUGUUCAUCACAGUCUUGUUUUUCCACUGGCUGACAUUACAGAUGGGUAAAGGCCUGACCAUAUGCAGUAUGCCAGACACGGCGGUGUACUGCUCCCUUCAUGACCCAGUCGCUCCUUGUCCAUCUGGCUACAACACUAACAAGGCAGUGUCUGUGUGGGGUACCUCGGGGCGCAUGGAAAUAACAGCUUCCAGGUUCAUGGACAUUCAGCGGGCUAUCCAGCCAGAUUGGUUCCAGUGCAUCUCUGAUGGAGACACCAUUUCUGGGGAAGUUAGUAGGAAAAGGGCCAAGAAGUCUGUGGAUAGGUCGCUUUCCUUCCUGGACGUAUGCCUUCAGCUGCUGGAGAAAUCACCGGAACUACAAGGAAGUGUAAUGUUUGGGGCAAUUGAAGGUGGAGAUAUCUUGGAAGAGAGGAUCAGAUCAGCCAGGGAGACUGCCAAGCGACCUGUGGGUGGCUUUCUGCUAGAUGGCUUCCAGGGAUCUGCCAUGGCCAAGGAGACAAAGUUGAAACUGAUAGCUUCUGUCACAGCAGAGCUGCCAGAGGAUAAACCAAGAAUCAUCCAUGGCGUGGGCAAACCAGAUGAGGUGCUCGAGUGCAUUGAAAGGGGCGUGGACAUCUUUGAGAGCUUCUUUCCCUUCCAAGUGACGGAGCGAGGCUGUGCCUUGGUUUUUGGCUAUGAUUACCAUCCAGAUCCUGAAGCAGCAGUUUUAAAACAAAAUGGGGCCCAGGACCUGGAGAAAAAUGGCACUGAAGAAGACCAGGAUGAAAUCGCCAAAGCUGACCCAGAAAUGACGCCAUUUGAGAUAUUUCUGAAGGAUGAAAGAUACCAGGACGAUUUUGGUCCUUUGCUGGAAGGCUGCACCUGUUACUGCUGUCAGAGGCAUACUCGCGCCUACCUCCAUCACCUCCUCGUGACCAAUGAGCUGCUGGCUGGUGUCCUGCUCAUGAUGCACAACUUCCAGCACUACUUCAGCUUCUUCGGUGCCAUACGGGAUGCCUUAAGAGACAAUAAACUGGAUCAGCUGAAAAAGUUCAUCUUCACUCAGGCACUUGAAGGCCCAGCAAAUGCAAGGACAGGCCAGUGAGUUUGGAGAAGAUAGAGGAGGUUGCAGCUUACAUCCUUUUCCAAUGGGACUGUGUAAACUGAACUGUUAGCGGGGUCACCUGGACCUGUUAGGUAGUAAAAUGCCUACCUGCCUGGAGGGAAUUUAAAGGGACGUUUGAAGAUCUUGCAUUUAGCUGGGAGAGAAAGAUGUUAUUCACACAUCCCUUUCAAUUAAUUGGCUUGGUGCAUUCUCAGGUUACAGGAGAGCUUGAGGCGUUCAACGCCUCACAGGACCAGUAUGGAUAGCUUUGUUUUCAGUAAUUCGGCGGUGGUUUUCCAUGUGGAAGAACUCCAUAUGGAAGCUCAGCAGCUGUUUGGGACUCUUGCCCCUCCCCCCAGAAAAUGCCGGUGGUGUGAUUGUCCCAUCAUGCAGGUCCUUGAUGGGAGAUCCUGCCUCAGCCUAGUACAUGACUCCUUGUGGCUGCUGCCAGCAUCGGUGUCCCUGAGAAGAACUGACUGGAAGUGCCGCUGUAUUCAGUGGCACAAAGGGACUGGGCACAUACUUCUGCCCCACUGCCUGCAGUGCAGAACAUUUUCUGGGCCAAGGGACCUUCUGCUUCAGCCUGGCCUGGAAAACCCCUGCCUCAGGAGCCCUAGUCUGUGGCAUGAGAGCCAUAAAGAAGAGCAAGUGUUUAAUCCAUCUCCUGCUGUAGAGGUUUUGUGCAUCCUUUCACCUGUAUGGAUUAAGGUGGCAUCCCUGUAAUAGUGUAUGGAUGAUGACGAGUGUACCAUUCCUUCCAACUGCCCUGGCACUGGUCAAAUAGCAGGCUAUGCUAAUGCCAGCGUGGGAUGAAGAUGUGGAAGGGACAUACCACAAGAAAAGGCAUUUAGACAAGAUUCCUGUUGCUCCUUAUUUUAAAAUACUAUGUUGUUACGUCAUGUUCCUUUUGUUCAGUUCUUUUAUGCCCCCUUACCUUGUAACUGUGGCUGUAUGCAUUUUAUAUGACAAAGCAACAAUAAAUUUUUUUAUUCAUCA